AGUCGGCGACUUGGAAUUGACACGCACGGCAGUGUUAAGUUGAAGUUACACGAUCCAACUUCCCCCCCCCCCCCGCAUCCCGAUAAGGCGAUAGGGUUUUUUGUUGUUGUUGCUUUAAUCCGCAUUGCUCCAUUCAUUUUGAGGGUGCAACACCCGUGGGAAUAAAGUUGUGCGUGGGUCGGGCAACUCGAAGCAACUGUUUUCGGAGUCAACAAACCCUCAUUGAAGAGUUUGUGGUCGGCUGUACGGUUGGAAGCGACUUCAGUUCUGCAUGCACGCACGCUUACAAGAAGGACUUUACAAAAACGAGCCUUCCUCCUGCUGAUCAUCAUCAUCAUCCUCCUGCUCCUCCACUGUCACCGUCCGUCACAUGCCGGCCACCGCCAUGGCUCACAAGCCGACGAAGCCGCCACAGCGGGACCACCACGCCGCCCCUGUGGCCCCAGCGGCGCCCAGGGGUAACCUGUACGAGCGACUAUUGGAACGGCGUGCCCUCCGGGCUCAAGGCAACGAGGCGAAGUCGCUGCUGCACCGCUUGAUAUAUGUGGGACAGCUCCACCCAGAUCUGGCGGACAAGCGGGAGCUUGCAGAGUAUUACGAGCGGCUGUUUGCUCGACUGCACAAGCACCACCAGGGCGAGGCGGCCUAUGGCCUGCUUCUCAUCUACCCGACGGCCGUCAUCCACACCGUCGAGUGUGGGAGCGAGUCCAUCUACGCCAUCCUCAGGGACCUCAGGGACAUGGAGCAGAGAGAGGAGAGGGCAUUGCUGCAAGGAGUCAAGAUUGUGGUGGUGUCACAUGACCUCCCCAACAGGCUCUUUCAGCAGUGGUUCUGGCAGGUGCUGAAUCUCCCUGCCACGCGACUGGAGGGAGACGGGGGAGCCACUGAGUCCACCGUGAAUUUGGCGUCGGAGGCCAUCACUCACGUGCUCAAGCUGGGACUGCACUUGCUCCAUUCCCCUAAGGUGAGCAUGCGUCAGGCACUGGAGAGCGUGCGGGAGAGACACCCGGAUCUUCUGCUGCCGCAAGACACGCUGGCACACCUACUCAGCUGUCACGGGCUGCUCACCCCAGCGGAAUUCCUCACCGCCUACGAUCGCCCCUUCCAUCUCACCCUGGACUCUGAGUUGGUGUGGCCGGCGCCACAGAGCAUGACAUCGACGAUGGAAAUCAACGAGGGCCAGGAAGGAGAAACUUUAAACAGCUGAGCGAGCCGUGCGGUGGUUUGCACCUGCCCCCACCAACCCCGCCGGGUGGAUGCUUCCAGCACCCGCGCCACCACCAGCAGCACCGGAGGUCUCUGCAGCUGGGAUUUCCCUCUUCAGUCACCGGCCAGCCAAACCCUGCCCUCAGCCUCCCCACAGCCUACCCUCAGCCUAACCAAAUCUUGCCCUUAGUCUGCCCAUAGCCUACCCUCAGUCUGGCGAUGGAUCUUGCAUGGUUCAUAGAGGCUGGGUGCUCUGUACACGUGUCCAUGUUGUUGGAAACUAACGUUUUUUUUCCGGCCUGCGGUCUUAUUCCGUUACAGGGGUGGUUGGGGGGUCCUCUCAUUGUUUGACGACUGCCCUCAGCCUGCCCCCCCACGUGAUAGCGUGACAUCACAGACCCCGCCAGCCUGGGAACAGGCGCCCACUCUCCCAGAGGAGUGACCACCCAGAGGCGGCUGUCUGCUCCACGUGUGGGGGGGGUUGGUUUGGCAGAGAUGGGCAGUGUCUCUGAAUUACGUGUGACUCAAACAAUGUCACUUUAAUUAUACUUGUAAUUUUUCAAUCGCUUUCGAAAUUACCUCAGAGUAAUUUGUAAUCUGCAUCUAAACUAAUUGGUAAUUUGUAUUACGUGAACAUUUAAUGACAUUUCCUCUGGUAAUGUGUAAUUUGAAUGUAUUCUGCCCAUCUAAGGGUUAUGUGAACAUGGCUAUAGGGACAGAAACCAACCGUGCCCCCUCCCUUCCUGCUGGAGAUGCCGAGAGUCCAUGGGCCAGAGCAGAAAUUGGUACCACCUCAAGUAGCGGAACGCACGUAGUCGCGAUGCGAUUGGACAGCGAGCGGUUGGAACCUGCGAAAGCUACGCCACAUCGGGUGGUCACCACAUGGAACAUGACCAGGGCUGUGGCUCAUGGACGAGAAGGGGCACACAAACUAGAGAUGAUUUGUAUUGCACCAGGUAAAGCCCACUGAGCUGCAUAGCUGUUGUUCAGAUGCGACCUGGCCACAAAUGAUAGUUCAACGGAGUGGAAAUGUAUAGCCGCCAAAUGCGCUAACCCCGUAUGUCUAAAUGUGGAGGGGAAAACUAGAGGAAAACCCGAAGAGAAAAACAUCCAGGCGACCACGGCGAGAGAGAAAUGCAAACUCCAAAAGUGUCGGGGUUGGGAUCAAACCCACGACCUCCUGUAUACCGGGUGAAGUAGUUAACAUCUCGCCACCACGGCACCCCAAACGCUUGCCCUGUGCACCGUGUACGUGCAUGCUGGUACCACUGCACACACGCACACACGCGUUGUAGUAAAGAGUUAUAAUUGAAUAACAACAGAGCUAUAACUUAGAGGGGGGCGGUAGCUGGCCAACAAAAACAAUGUGGGGGUGGU